GUUGUUAUUUUAUUACUGUUUGUUGUAUCGGUGUUCGGUCGUAUUUUGAUUACGCCGUUGGGUUUUUUAUUAAAAAAAUAAUUUAUAUUACAUUGUGAUCAAACUUAUAUUACUUAAUUGUUUUGUGCCUAAAGGACUAACUACCAUAAAAUGGCAGACGAUGAUGCACCAUCGGACAGCAGCCUUCUAGUAAUAAUAGUGGACACAAAUCCCAACCAGAGAUAUAUAACUGAGGACCCGAAGGUGUUAACCAACUGCCUGGAUGCUGUGAUAGCCUUCGCCAACUCACAUUUGAUGCAAAAGGCUAGGAAUGAACUCGCUGUUAUAGGCUGCCAUUUUCAUAAAAGUGAAUACUUGUACCCUACUCCUGGCAAGCCACUGGAUGUGAGACAGAUUGACGGACAAUAUGAACUGUUCACAUUAGUUGAGAAAACUAUCAAAAUGAGAUUAGUAAAUUUAAUAAAAAGUCAGCCGCCCGAGGAGAAGCCUGGUGAGUCCCUGCUGGCCGGGGCAGUCGCUAUGGCACUCUGUUUUAUUGCUAAGUUUCGUCGUGAAGCGACCCCUGGUCUCCGCAUAACGGCACGUAUUCUCAUAGUGACGGGCAGCAGCGACACGGCGGCGCAAUACAUCAACUACAUGAAUGUGUUCUUCACUGCACAGAAACAGCAAGUGUUAAUAGAUGUAUGUUCACUGGACAAGCACCUCAGCUUGUUACAACAAGGAUGUGACAUCACUGGAGGACUGUACCUCAAAGUGCCCUCUCUGGAAGGAUUGCUGCAGUACUUAUUGUGGGUAUUCCUCCCCGAGACAUCAGAACGUACGAAGUUGGUGCUGCCGGGGCGAGGCCGCGUGGACUACCGCGCUGCUUGCUUCUGCCAUCGGGAACUGCUCACCAUCGGAUACGUGUGCUCCGUCUGUCUUAGUGUGUUCUGCAAGUUCAGCCCGAUAUGCACAACUUGCCACACUGUGUUCAAGAUUGGCGGUCCACUGCCCAUCAAACCGAAGAAGAAGAAAAUGAAAGUUUAAAAUAUUUGAAUCUGUUUUGUACUGUAUUAAUUAAUGUAUUGUAAAUAUAGAUGUUAAGACAUUUUAUACAAUCA